AUGGAAGAUCACACCAAAUACACAGCCAGGCACGUCGACACUGACCUCUGCUUUUGGAGACGCCCGUAUAUCGAUAACUGUGUCCAAGUCGACUUGGCCAAGGGUAAACCGGAGAAUAAUAUCAAGAAAAUGGAGGUACUGGCCGAGACGCAUAAAGUGCAGGUGCAGGAUAUCCGGGGACAGGAAUCCUCCUACACACUUGACAAGAACGGAUUCGUAUAUCUGUCGCAUGAAAUACCCGAGCUUGAUAGGGUCUCGGACGAAGAGCAUGUUAAGGAUACGAUCAUCCGAAAGACCGCAGAUUUAGUUCGCAAAAUAACUGGUGCUACCAAGACACUCACAUUUGUACAUCGGGUGCGCUGCCUCGCAGAAGAUGGGUCCUUGCUCGCUAGCAACCGGGCCCCGGCGCACAGCGUGCACUCGGAUUUUACGACUAGGGGUGCACUCCACCACCUAAAGACGCUAGUUCCGGACAAGCAGGAGCGCGAGCGUCUCCUGGCUGGCCGAGUCCUGAUUAUCAAUGUCUGGCGGCCGUUGAAAACUAUCCAGAGAGAUCCUCUCACAGUUUGUGACUGGAGCUCGGUUAAUAUCCGAGACGAAGGUAUUGCCAGUCGUUUAACACUGCCAAAUGGGUGGAAUGAACUCGGGCGAUAUGCGUUUAGUCCGAGCCAGAGAUGGUAUUAUCUCAGCGGUCAACAACCCCAUGAACCUCUCAUUUUCACACAGUUCGAUAGCUUCAAAGUGGACGAGGGAGGCGUCACAGUACCGCACAGUGCAUUUGUUGACCCAGAAUAUAGUGACUCUGCUGCAAGGGAGAGUCUGGAAAUCAAGAUGUUUGCAUUUGUUUAG